AUGCACGAUGCAUUUAAAGUUUCCCUUGCAUUAGACAAAUUGCCAUUGCAACAUAGAAUAGAAUCUAUCCUUGCACAUGGUCAAAAGUUGUUCAUAGGCACUAAUACAGGUACUUUACUUGUAUAUGAGGUCAAAGAGGAUUUAGAAGAUGAAUCUUUAACGGUCACUUUGAAAGAUACCGUGAAGAGUUUUUCCAAAAGCAAAAUUGAUCAGCUAGGCAUUAUAAAAGAAAUUGGUGUUCUAGUUUCACUUUCAGAUGGUUGUGUCAAUAUUUUUGAUUUGAGCACUUUUGAAUUGCAACGUUCGUUGGCCAAGACGCGAGGAGCAAACUUAUUUGCUAUUGAUACACACAUUGAAAUCAAUGAAGAGGGAGGAAAUGGUGGAAUUCCUACGAUAGUAACACGUUUAGCGGUAGCUGUGAAGAAAAAAGUGCUUGUUUUUACAUGGAAAGAUACGGAAUUCAAAGAUACGAAGGAUCUUUCAUCGCCAGAUAGGAUCAAAACAAUGGCAUGGGUUAGUCACAACCAAAUUUGCUUGGGAUUGGCUAAUGAAUAUUCGCUGAUUAACAUCAACACUGGUGCAACAACUGGUCUCUUGAUGCCGUCUGGAAAUGCCGGCGCUGCCCCCUUUUAUAAUAUGUUGCCAAACCAUGGAAUCCUUUUGGCUAAAGAUAGCGUAAGUGUUUUUGUGGACCUCGAUAGUAAUACUACACGAAAUGCUGGAAUAGAUUGGUCUGGUGUGCCCGAAGAAAUAGGGUACUCUUAUCCUUAUCUUAUUGCGAUACUCCCGAGACACGUAGAAGUUAGAAAUAUUAAAACCCAGGCUUUGGUCCAAACGGUCGAACUUCCACAGGCAAAAUUUAUUAAUCAAGGAAAAUACUUGUAUAUUGCUAGUUUUACAAGUGUUUGGAGAUUUAUUCCUUUGAAUUUUGAUCAACAGAUAGAUCAAUUAGUCGAUAAACAUCAAUAUGAAGAGGCUAUAAGUUUAACUGAGCAAAUUGAACAAAUUCUGCUUCAUGAUAAGGAAGCAAAACUUCGACAUAUACGAAAUCUUCUCGCACAUGAUCUUUUUCAACAACAAAAAUUCGAUGAAGCAAUUACUAUUUUUCAAGAACUUGAAACCGAUCCUGCUGAAGUCAUUGCUUUGUAUCCUCCAUCAAUAUCAGGAACGCUUUAUUUGGGUGCAUCGCACCAACAAGACUUAGAAAAAUCUGAAAUCAAUCAUGAAAAUGGAUUAACUGCAGUGAGUUCUGAUCAAGAUGAAAAAACUUCAAAGAAUGAAGAAUUCAUAAACGGGCUAAACCAGCAAUUUCUUCUCGAAGGAAAGUUAUUGGAAGAUGCUGUAACAGCAUUGAUAAGAUUUUUGACGGAUCGACGACAAAAAAUAUCUAAAAUAUUGCAUCCUCAACCACAAACAAAAAGUGAUACUUCAUCUUAUGUUAACGGGAAUUACGACCACACCCUGAAAAUUGCAGAGUUGGUAGAUACAGCUCUACUGAAAUCGUAUAUGUUCACAAAUGAUGCAUUAGUUGGGCCGCUUCUUAGGGUGCCUAAUCACUGUAAUGUUGAGGAAAGUGAAGGGCUUUUAUUAGAGCGUAAGAAAUAUAAAGAGCUGGUUGACCUAUAUCAUGGGAAAGGCUUGCAUCGCAAAUCUUUAGACUUACUGAAAAAACUUGGUCAAUCACCAGACGGAGGAAAAAUGAAAGGUGUAUUCCAUACCAUAUAUCAUAUGCAUCGUCUUGGAGUAGAACAUUUUGAUUUGAUAUUAGAAUAUGCUGCGUGGGUUCUAGAGACUGACCCUAUCGCGGGAUUGGAGAUAUUUAUCGAUGAACAUCCCGAAGUCAUGAAAUUUUCACGAGAAAAAGUCUUAAAAUAUCUAGAAGGAUUUUCUUAUGACUUAUGUAUAAUGUAUUUAGAACAUAUUAUAGGCGAGCUUCACGAUCCAACUCCCGAUUUUCAUAAUAAGUUGAUUAUUAAUUAUCUAAACAAAAUUCAGCGGUUGUCAUCGCAAGCUCCAUCAGAUAAUUCUAACUUAAACCAUCCACCUUCUGGAUCGGAAACGGAGACAAGUGACGAAAUAAAUAAGAAACUUUUGAAAUUUUUGGAAACAUCUACUCAUUAUAAAGCAGAAAAGAUUUUGGGUCACUUGCCUUUGGAUGAUUUUUAUGAAGCACGGGCGAUAUUACUCAGUCGGCUUGGUCAACACGAUCAAGCUUUAAAUAUAUACAUACAUAAAUUACAAAAUGAACAGCUGGCGGAAGAGUAUUGCGUGAAGAAUUACAAAGAUGAUGAUUCAAAAAAUGUGUUUAUAUCAUUAUUACGAGCAUUAAAUAUGCUCCCUUCAUCAACAGAAAUUUCACAAUUAUAUUCCUUUUUUGAGAAAAAUAUGAGAGAAAGUAAUCGGAAUAGGAAUAUGAAUUUGAUUGUAAAAAAUUUGUUGAAAGCAAAUCAAGCUCAAGCUGAAGAACAAUUGAUGUUUUAUCGAUCUCGGAGAGUCAAGAUUGAUGAGGAUCGUAUGUGCCCUCAAUGCACCCGGCGUAUAGGACACAGUGUAUUUGCGGUAUUUCCUAACGGAGUUGUUGUACAUUAUCAUUGCAAAGAAAAG